AAAAGAGAAAAAAGUAGAAUAUAAGAAAAGCCUUUCUUUUUUAUUUUUUCCCCCUCCUCCUCUGUGGUGCGUUUGUUUGCGUGUCGGCGUGUCCCGGCGGUGUAACCGGAGAGAGGGGCCUCACUGAGAGGGAAUGCAGGACUGCAAUGGAGCACAAUGCAAUACAGUGGGUGGGUGCUCCCUCCUGCCAGAGAGGCAGCUACGCCUUCUACAAGUCGGUGAGCAGCAGAGCUCAGCCUGACGGGCCGCUCCAGGUGUGGAAGCUUGGCGAGUUCUACUUCAUCCAAUGUGGGCCAGAGGAUCCCAUCUGCAUCGCCGAGGUGACAUUGCUAUGGGAAGAUCAGGCUCGGCGCCACCUGCUGGCCAGUGCCCGACUCUACUUUCUGCCUGAGGACACUCCAAAGGGCCGAACCAGGGAGCAUGGAGAGGAUGAGGUCCUGGCCGUGUCCAGGAAGAUGGUGGUACGUGUGGAGGACCUGGUGAAAUGGUCACGUGCCGACCUAGCCGGGUGGAGUGGUGGCCCAAUGCCUCCAGUGGUCAAGACAAAUGGUGUCCACGAACCUCCACAGAGCGGCGGAGACAACAACGGCGGUGUGCCAAGUGACAACAAUGAGCUCCUGGAAGUCAAAACUGAGGACGAGCCGUCGCAGCGGCAGACUGUCAAGGUUCUGAGCUACCCCCAGUACUGCCGCUUCCGCUCCUUGCAGAGACGCAUCCAGGAUGGAGCCAGGGGCCCCGCGCUGCAGGACACAUACCUAUUGGCCCUUGGGGCCAUCAAGGUUCUGCCCAACAUCAGGGUGAUGUACUGCAGGGACACCUUCAACCACCCGACACUGGAGAGCAGCGCCUGCUUCUCCUGGCAGUUCAAGUGUCCAUCUCUGAGUCUUCGAGGACGACCUCGUAAGAGGAAAGGUCGCGACAGCAAAGACUCUCCGACCUCAGGCCAACCAGAGUCCUGGAUCGAAAAGAUGAAGGAGAAUGUGAUGGGCAGCGUGGAGGUUGGCUGUGAGGGCAGCUGGCUCCCCCAUCCAGAGGAGCAGCUGUUCCUGGAUCAGCUCUUCAUUUUUAUGGAGCGCCACGGAUCACCCAUCCACAAAGUUCCCAACCUAGGUUUCAAGAAGAUCGACCUGUUCCUCAUGUAUUCGGUGGUCAAACGGCUCGGUGGCUACAAGAAGGUAACUUCAGACCGCCUGUGGAAGGUGGUGUACAAUGAGCUGGGCGGAUGUCCAGGCAGCACCAGCGCAGCUACCUGCACCAGGAGACACUAUGAAAGACUGAUGCUUCCAUACGAGGAGCACCUAAGAGCUGGAGGAGGAGCAGAGUUUAAGAUCCCCGAUGUGCCGCUGCCUUCCAAACCCAGAGGAAUACGAGGACGCAAACCUCUGCCCAGAGGCAGGAAACCUGGACCCAAACCCAAGGAGAGGAGGACGGGGACGUUGUCACAUGCAGCUCCGCCUUCUACUAUUCUGAGUCCAAACGGUGCCAUGGUGGUGAAACGAGGCAGAGGCAGACCGCCAGGAACUCGUAACAAAUCCACGCUUAUUGCUCAGGCCAAACUGCUGGCUCAGCAGCAAGCAGCAACCAAACCAGCAGCAGUAGUGGAGCUAAAGCAGCACAGUCUUCUGCUGCCCCCUGCAGGCAGAGGAGGACCAACACCCAGCAGCACACACCGGCCCAUCCAGCCGGCCUUCCUCCCGCUCAGCAUGCCCCUGACCCCUGACCUCUCCCCCAUGUCUCCUUCCUUCCUCCCCUUCAAAACGACGGAGUUGAAGUCGGAACGCAGCGACUCGGCGGCUCCUCCCCCUCCCAGCGUUCUCAUCCCAGCUCUCCCUCACUUCGUCACCGGCUCGCUGAGCAGCUUCAGCCCCAUCAAAGGCGUGUGCCCUCUGGACGUCUUCAGGAGUCAAAUCAGCCUCCAGAGGGGCCCUGACAGCCUUGCCCUGACCCCCCAGGACCCGGCACAGCUCCACCCGGCCAUCUUCACCCUCCAGCCCAAAGGAGGGAGCCCGGACACGCCCCAACCCAGCUCGGAGCAGCUGCAGCCUCAGCUGCACCAGCUCCACCAGCAACACUGCUCUGGCUGUGGCUCAGACAACGGGGGUCAGCGCGGAGUUUCCAGGAGCCGGCCCCCGCUGCCUCCACUCCGCGUCCUGCCUCUCAACCUGGACUGCAGCGUCCAGGUGAGGAAGGUGAUGCGAGCUCACCUGGACUCGUCUCAGCUGCAGACCUUCACCCGUCGGCUGUCGGAGGCGCUGUCGCAGGACCUGAACGCCAAGCCGCCCUGUUCCCCCAUCACCCCGCCGCCGGAGCAGGCGCUGCCCCUCAACCUCAGCAAACGAUUACCACCCAAACGGCCCAGCGCCGAGGGCCACGAGCAGAGUCCGCAGGCCGUCAACAGAAACUUGGAUCCAUCGUACUCCAAGAGACCACGCAGUGGGCCACAGGAGCAAGCGCAGGAUUUCAGCCUCAGGGGCUGCUCCAGCUCCUUGGCGGUGUCCGGCGUUCAGAGCGUGGAGGGGAGGGGCCAGGAGGAGCCAGCAGACCUGAGCUCCCCAAGCCGCAUCCGGGCCUUCCUGCUUGGACUUCCACCCUUCCAGGUGAAACUGGAGGAAGACAUGAACGGGACGAGGUUUGUGAAAAUUCCUCCUCCAAACGAAACCAGAAGGACUGAAGUCGGAGAUGGAGAUGCGAAGACAGAGGCAAAGAAGCAGGAGGAGCCGAUGGGGAAGGAACAACCGGAGCGAGAUCCGACCCGGUGUCCCGGACCCAUGUCGGAAGGGCCUGCUUCCGACACGGACACACACUGUUUUUAGUGUUCAUUUCCAUAAAUCAGGAUCACCUCGGAGACUUGUCUGCGCCGGGUGUUUGCUUCUUUAAUGACAUUUAUUUCGCUACAUUUCCGUUUUCUCUGGAGGAACGUCAUCAAACAGAAUCAUGACAAUCACAGCUGAGUUUCCGUUAAAACAAAAACGGGAGAUGAUUUUCUUUUUUUCCUGAACACUGCCAUAACCCUUGGAAACACUAUACACUUCUCUCCUCUACGUUCCGAUGAAACUAAAACGGAUCCACAACAGUUAGAACAAGAUAUCAUGUUUGGGUGAUGCUAUGCAUCAUGACUCCUCCCACAGCAUCCCUGGUGUCGUCCGCUAGUCCCGUUUUUAAAUUGUUCUCUACAUCCGUAGGGAGAGACUUAUUUUCUGAUAGUGUUUAAAUGUAUUCUAGGGCUCAAAAUGAAAAGUUGUCUUCACAAUGUAUCCAGUGAAAGUGAAGCGUUUUAGUCCUGAUGUAAACGUACACAAACGUGCCUUAAAGGGCCGGCGACCCACGCCAUUCCCGGCUUCACCUGCAUCCACUCAGACGGAGAUACCUUGAUGUUUCAACAGCACACCCAUCGACCAGGUUCGCCAUCGUGUCGGCUUGCUCUCACCUUUGUCCCUGUUAAGGUUCUUAGAUCCCCACAUGCAGCUCCGACAGUCUAAACUACCUCACGUUCUUCAUUUCUCCCCCUUCCCCCCCCUUUUUUAACCGUGUUUGAGGAUUGUAAAACUAUCCCAACAUGUUUGAGAUGAAAGCAUGCUCAGAAUGGUCCACAUCUGUAGCUUCCUUCUUCGGCAGGUAGAGGCUCCUGCCAACAGUACAUUUGAAAUCAAAACAAAUCUUGUAUCUGCAGCUUCAGAGUGAGGAACUCCUGCCUCCAUAUUGGUAUUCAUGCAGUGUAUAGGUGCGUCUCGAUUACUUAGAAAAUCACCAAGGAGUCUGUUUUGAUCCAUAAAUUCAGCUCAGAAAGUGGAACUCGUGGUUGUGGAGUAUCAGAUUUUCCUUGCUCUAAACUUUCCUUUUAGAUUCUUUGCUAUAGCACUUUCUAGACAGACAAGUUCUGUAGCAAUGACCUUUUCUUGCCUCCAUAACCUUUAUGUACUAAAAUAUAUUUUUAUUGGUUUUCAUUACUUGUAAGCUAUAAUUACCAAAAGCAGAAAUAAAUGCUUAAAAUAAAUCUCUUAAUGAAUCCAUACAAUUUCUGCAGUUUCACUUUAUGAACUGAAUUAACUUGAAUUCUCACUUUAAAUUUCUUUAGAUGCACCUGUGAUUCCAGGAACUUCAUGUCGGUUAAAGCCUUUUGUUAGAAACGAGAAACAAAAAUUUUAUCUUGCAUCAAAAAUAUGUCGCUUUUCUUGCUCUUAAACAUCAAGGUAUCUCUUUAACUUGCUUUCCUGUUUGCUUUGACACCACAUAUGCUGGUUCAGAUUUGCACACCUACUGUACUCAUUUUGCUUUUUUUUUUUUUCAUAUUUAAGCCAGUUAUAAUUUACUGUCUCUCAUUUCUCAGCGUUUGUAUUUGACUCGAACUAAUAGGUGCUGUUUUUUCCUAGUUAUGUAGCUCAUGGCCACAUUGGUUUUUGACUUGUUUCAAGGCACAGAAUGUUGUCAAGCUGCAAGUCAGAACGUUUUUAAUAGGUUUAAAAAUUCACAUUGAUUUGUCCACAGAGAGAAUAUUUGAAAGAAAUAUUUUAAAAGAUGAAAAAAUUUGCUUAUUAGUAAUUAUUUUUUAUCAGAUUUGUUUGACUGUUGGUUCCAUGUUCAGCACAAAUAUUUGUGAAUGCAUGAAAAAACAAUGUGUAUUCAGUAUAUGGGCAGAUGCACCAAAGUGCUCCACCAGACUCCUAUAUAAUUCUGUUAUUGAUAGUAUUUUUACAAUUUUACUUAGUUCAUUUGUUUUCCUUCUUUAUUGUAAAAUAAUUAUUGGGCAAAAAAAAUAACUACAAAUGUCAUAUUCUUCAUCACUGUAAUGUUUUUCACAGGUAACUACUGUAACUACUGUCUGGCUUUGCUUAAUCACAUCAGUAAACCUGUAUUUAUUGGUCCCAGAGAGCUUUAAAGGAGCGCGUUUGUAGAACAAAUAAUGUGGACAGUUGUGCUCACUGAAGAGCUUAUCACAUUUUAAAAUUAAAGAAGGAUAAAAAUAAUAUUGGUCCUCCACAAAGCUGCUGUUCAGAAGCUGCUAACAACCGGCACUGACAUGAAAUGAUGCCCUUUGGUUAGCAUUAGGAACAAUGUCUGACUCCGAUUUUAAGCUGCUUACCAUAUUUUUUGUAUUCCAUGAAAGUUUUACAUAUAAACUGUCAUUGGAAGAAAUAUUGCUACCCUACAUCAUUUAGUUUAGUAUGAUGGUUAGCUGAACAUGCUAAUAUCUUAACGCAUCAGAUAAAUGACUAGUCAGAUUUUAAAAAUAGCUGUUUGGGUCAAUCAUGUUUUUUAGACCUUCUUAAUUUUUGUAUGUUAUAUACAUAUUCCCAUUAAGUAAUAAAGGUUUUGUUAAUUACUGAUACAACAGUCAUAAUUUUGCCAGCUAGCCUUGUUGACCACUUGAGUCAUUUUAGCGUUUGAUAGAGAUUUACCCGACAUUAUUAGGUUAUGAUUAAUUUAUGGGCACCAAACCUUCUUGGCUUUGCUGGACUGUUUGUUGUUCUAAACAGUUGUAUCACACUGCAGCAUGUUUCAAGCUUGUGGGCUAAGUCCAGGCUACUGUAGCUGUUUUGGUGACCCACUAGACUCCAGAAAUAGAACUUCAAGAAAGCAGAUGUGUGAUUAAUUAUUUCAUAAGUUUAUUUGUAUACUGUCAAACAUCAAUGUAAAAAAAAAAAGCUAUAUAUUUUAAGAAGUACUCAACGAAUGCAGAGAAAGCUAUAUUAUUUUAAAAGUUGAAUAGAGUUUUAUCAAAGCAGCCCUUUGAGGAAAUGUAUGACCUUGAUGAGUUUCAAACAUCUGUACUGCAGGUAAUAACGGACAGUGGAACAUUUCUUAGCUUAACAUGCUAGCUUGCCAUGCUUUCAUUUACCUUUAACUCAAAAUCUGCUAUGUGGGGAUUCUAGUUAACUUUGUAUGUAUAAAUAAAACUUUUUGACUACUCAUCUGUAAGACACUUCAAAGUUGCUGCUACUAGAAUGGUGAUGAUUUUGUUAACUUAGCAUGCUGACAUAGAGCUUUAUUGCCGUUUCUGUUCCAAAGAUUCUAUAUUUUACAGUAUUUUUUUGACAGUAAUUCCUAGCAAUCAAUUGUCUUUUUUGACUUAAAUCAGUUUAGACCAAAUUGUUCAUACGCCAAGAUGGUAACGGUGAACUUUUUUUUUUAGUUGCAAUUGCUUUAAGAACACAAAGCUUUUAAAAACUUGCUGCUUUGUUUUAAGAUCUCCUGUUUAUCAUCAGUGUGACAGCAGAGGGUUGAUUUUACAGUUCAUUUUGUGUAGAGCACCUUUAAUGUGCAUUUGCCAAACAAAUGCAUAACCUCAAACUGAUCCUUGUUCUAAUAACCUCAGCUUUUAAAAUUGAGUUUCCAAACCCGUUCCUUAAAAGUUGGUCUGGGUCUGAUCACUCUUCUGGUUCCUCCCAGGUGAAACGCAGCUCCACUGGACCAGUUUAGAACCACCUGAACAUUGGCUUCAUUUCUUUUGCUCCUUUUUUGUUGAUGUAUUGAAUAAUAAUGACAUGCCACUCAUUUUAUUUUAUUUUAUUCUCUUUUUUUUCCAGCUUCUUAAACUAGUAUAACUUUUCUUUGUUUGGAUAUCUAAGCUUAGUCUAGCUAGUUUUUUUUUUGAUAGGUUCCACAAUGUUUACAGUUUCUUAUGCAUGUUAUACAAAUUUCUUACAGUGUUUUGCACACUACUCCAGCAUCAGUCUUGAACGGCACUGCUCAUUCAUGUAAAGUACUUAUAAGUGCCUGAUACAUCAAUUUGGAGUUGAUGUUUGUAAGCGAAUGAAAGUUAAAUGAGCUCAUUAGCCUUCAUGCCUAAUGAGCAGGUGUAGGUGAGUUUUGUUGAACUUUAUGGCCUGUGCGGGUUUUAGUAAAUUCUUGAGUUGAGGAUUUGAUGAGAGAAGACCCGCGACACCAGAACAACGCUCAGCUCCGUGUGUUGGAUUGAACUGGACCUACAAGAUUUAAGAAAAGGGACGGCAAACGGUCGGUUGGACAUUCAUGAUGAUAAAAGAUCAAAAUAAAGGUGCUACAUGUCACAUUUUUACGUCUUUGAAUUGUUGAAUUUGACUGUUCUGCAGCUUCCUAAAAUGUCAUACAAGCUUCUCAGUUUUCAUAUCUGAAGAUUUGCCUUUUGUCCUCAUGUAUUUUAUUGAUUUCUUUAUGAAGAAAAGUUUCUGGAUAACCAAAACGACCAUUGAUCGCUUAAAAGAAAUUUGAUUUUUGGGACAGUUUUGAACUUGCGGGUUUGUGAAAAAUUCAGUUAAUGCUUCAGAUUUGGAGAUGAAAUAUGUGGAGCUAGUCUUUAUUUCUCUAUUAAAUAUAUAUUUUUAUUAUUUUUUCUAAAGUCAGUCAUUUUAAAUAGUUUUCUCUUUAUACUCUGAUAUAUUAACAAUUGAUUCAGUAGUUAUAAAAACCCUCAUAAAGUAACCUAGUUUCAUGGUUGGAUGUAGUUUUUUUUAAAAUUUAUUUAUUUUUAAUUCUGGUUAUUUCCCCUAAAAUUUGCCUUGUAAUGACAUAAAAGAUGUCAAAAGGGUUUUGUAAUCCAAAUAACCUUGCUUAAGCAAAAACAAAAUGCUAGUUCAAAACACAUUAAGCUUUAAUUUAUGCAAAUAUGCACAAAUUGUUGUAUAUAACUGAUUAUCUGCGUGGAAAAUUGGAACUUAGCUUAUUUCAUAUUUGAAUAUUGAUAAAUGCAAAAUUGUCUGAAAUGAAUUGAAAUUCCAUCUAAAAUGAAGAAUUUAGACUGAAAUCUAAAAUAAUGUUCCCUCUCUCUUCAGGACUGUCUUGAAUAGCAAACAUCCCAAAUGUCCAUACAACUGUAGCUUAAAUCAACCAAAUACAGAUGGUGAAAAAUGCUUCAUGUGGCACCUUUACAAACUGGAUGUUACACACUUAGGAAUCUCUUUUAUAAGAAUUAAAGAUGAAAAUAUUUUUAUUUCUGCUUCUAUUUACGCAAGCUCACUGGAAACACUCAGCUCACACUGACUGUUUCCAGUGUGAGCUCUGAUGGACUGUUACCUCCCGAGUUUUACCCAAGACCAUGGCGGUGUUCCACCAAGCGCUGGAUUGGAACCAGAACAUUCUUGCUUGAUUAAGAAUAUGUUUUAUUUUGGUUGUUACUGAUUUACAGCACAUGGUCUGUUUUUGCUUUGCUCCGUUUUAUUUUUUUUUAUCCUAUUUUAAUGGUAAAAGGCUUUCAGUGUCAGGUACCAUUCCAUUUUAACACUGUAUAUUUAUAUUAAAAAUAAUCUGUUAAUAAAUUCUGAGUUCAA